CGCCGCCGCCGCCGCGGGAGCCCGUCGCCGGGAGCCGAAGCCGGGGGAAGACAACGGAGGGGCCGAGCGCCGGAGCCGCGCCGCGGGGACCCAGCGAGCAGCCCGAGGCGGCGGCGGCCGAGGACGGGGACGGCGACGACGCGGAGGCGGAGAGGCAGCCGCUCGGCCCAGCCCCGUAAAGUAGGCAGAGCGCAGCGAGGCGUCUGUCGCUGCCGCCAUGCCGUUCCCGUUCGGGAAGUCGCACAAAUCCCCAGCAGACAUUGUGAAGAACCUGAAGGAGAGCAUGGCUGUUCUGGAGAAGCAGGACAUUUCGGACAAAAAGGCAGAAAAGGCUACAGAAGAAGUUUCCAAAAAUCUGGUUGCCAUGAAAGAAAUUCUCUAUGGCACAAAUGAGAAGGAGCCGCAGACCGAAGCAGUGGCACAGCUCGCCCAAGAACUAUAUAACAGUGGGCUCCUGAGCACCCUGGUAGCUGAUUUACAGCUCAUUGACUUUGAGGGCAAAAAAGAUGUGGCUCAAAUUUUCAACAAUAUUCUCAGAAGACAAAUUGGUACAAGAACUCCUACUGUUGAAUACAUCUGCACCCAACAGAAUAUUUUGUUCAUGUUAUUGAAAGGGUAUGAAUCUCCAGAAAUAGCUCUAAAUUGUGGAAUAAUGUUAAGAGAAUGCAUCAGACAUGAACCACUUGCAAAAAUCAUUUUGUGGUCAGAACAGUUUUAUGAUUUCUUCAGAUAUGUCGAAAUGUCAACAUUUGACAUAGCUUCAGAUGCAUUUGCCACAUUCAAGGAUUUACUUACAAGACAUAAAUUGCUCAGUGCAGAAUUUUUGGAACAGCAUUAUGAUAGAUUCUUCAGUGAAUAUGAGAAGUUACUUCAUUCAGAAAAUUAUGUGACAAAAAGACAGUCACUCAAGCUUCUCGGUGAACUACUAUUAGACCGGCACAACUUCACAAUUAUGACAAAGUACAUCAGUAAACCUGAGAACCUCAAAUUAAUGAUGAACCUUCUACGAGACAAAAGUCGUAACAUCCAGUUUGAGGCCUUUCACGUUUUUAAGGUGUUCGUCGCCAACCCUAACAAGACGCAGCCCAUCCUCGACAUUCUCCUCAAGAACCAGACCAAACUCAUCGAGUUCCUGAGCAAGUUUCAGAACGACAGGACGGAGGACGAGCAGUUUAACGACGAGAAGACCUAUUUAGUCAAACAGAUCAGGGACUUGAAGAGACCAGCUCAGCAGGAAGCCUAACUCCCCACAGACACCCAAAGUAUUAGAUCCAAACCCAGCACCUGCCCCUCAGCAUCAGGCUCCCACCGACCCAGGAGGGACAUUACUGCUAAUCUGCUGUUAAGUGAACGGUUUUCCAUUUUUCCUUGUUUUGUUUCGUAGUCCAAGUUGGAGAACGUAGCUGCUGCUUUCUUGCACACUAGAGCACGCGUGGACUUUCUCUUGAUCUUUGUGUCAUUUCAGGAUUCAAAGACUGUUUGCUGUAGGAGUUCUGAACAUGGCUAGGUUCACGAAGGCAACUGUAGAGGUGACAUGACAGUGUGGCGUAGGGCGGGAGGGCAUCCCACGGCCCCGGACACCUACCAACGGGUUCACAUUUCUCUGUGGGAGAGCGGAGCACGCAUGCUUGGCGAGGCCGGCAGCCUUCGCUAAAGGGCUGUGUUUGAAGUCAGAGAGGAACUGUGCCCAAGAUGUGAGCUUUCUGGGGGGAUCAAGUUGACAUGCGAAUAAAUUGAUACUGAAACUUAGCAACUUCUUAAAAGUGUGAAGCUUCAUGAGGUCAUAAGGAAAAUGUAUAUAUGCUUUUCACAGCUUUCUAGAAUUUUUUGACAUUUGAUUUUCUUGAAACUUGUAAACCUGGGUAUGUUGAAAGGCAUUUGUUAAUUUCCCUUUCAGAAGGUCUUUUAAAACUAGAACUAGCAGCGAAACCUUGCAUUUCAUUUCAACAGCGCUUACAGGUUUCUUUUGUAUAUAAUUCUUAGAAUGCUCAUUUCUUUUAAAUGAUUUAAUUUGUACAGCAGAGGAAUGUUAUUGUAUUAGUAUGUAACUAUUACCUAAUAUUGAGUUUUUGCAAAAAACGAAUGCUCAUAUGUAAUUGAAAUACUUCAGAUCACAUGAAAAUGCUGAUUUAACAUUUAAGUAUCACAGCAUUAAAAGAACAAAAGUAAACCAAUCCUUUGUAUUCAGUUAUCUAAUGGGUGCCAUCAACACGCUAAAAUACAGACUUGGAACUCAGUCAGCUACACUUUCCUGCAUAAUAUUGGCCUUAUUCAUUUAAAAUGAGUCAUGAGUUUGCUAGAUCUAUGAAUGAUACCGAUUAUGCUAAAUUAAUGCUGAUUCUUUGUGUGUGUGGGAAACCUCUGUAGAGCACCUUUUCUUUUUUAGAGUAAGUAAUCCAGUACAAUAGUUGUGAAACUGAAUAAUUAAAACUUUGGCUUCUCUUAGGAAAAGAAGAGUUCCUAGUCAUAGGUGUCCUAUGGGGAAAUUUAUUUUUUUUAAUGUCCUAUUCCUUAAUGCUGCAAAUUAUCAGUAUUUAUAAAGUACCUGAUUUUGCACCACUUUUUUGUUACUGUGACCACGGCAGAACAAGGUCUCCUAGAAUAUAUCUGAGUAAAGUUAAUAGAAUGGUAUCUGUUCAUCUUAGUGAUACGAAGAUCACAACUAACAACUUACAAAUCAGUUUGCCAGUUCGGAUUCAGCAUGGCUGUAGCUGACUAAGAAAUUUAUAUAAUUGUUCUUUGCUAGCCUCUCUUACUAAUUGAAUUAUUUAUCAGCCAGUAAAUUGAGACUCCCAAGUGAUGUUUCAGCAGGUUGUAAGACCUCCUUCUAGGAAGACCACUUAGGAAAAAUAGCUCCAGAAAAUAACGAUGCAUUUUAUUCUAUUUAAUUAAAAUGGCAGUCUACAUUAUAAUUGGUUUUCCUGAGGCUGUCUUUACCAAAAUCGGUGUAGUCAUUCAUCUGUUUCCAUCGGCAGUAGGGAAAGCAAAACCUGAAAUGAAAACACCCAAGAUGUUGAGGAAGGCAGACUUGGCUGUGGUGAAACGUCUGGUUUUUGUGGUCUAGUGCUGGGUGUCUGGGUUUAGUGUGAAAACAUUAAUUACACCAAGCAGAAGAAAGGUUUCCUUGGCAAGCUGCUGCUUUGAACUUGAAACAACAAAACAGCUUCCACUGUGGCAAGGCUACGGAGCGCUAGAGCAUGGAGGACAGAGGGGCAGCGUGUCAAAGAAAACACCCACGCGCUACUGGCGUUACUGUCGGACUGCCAUCUGGAGAGAGGCAAGAUUUGGGGGCUUUUUGUUUUUAAACAAAAGUGUGCAAACAUUCAAAGUUGAAAAGUUGCAUUUGAAUUUACGAUCAUUUAAUAUAUUCAUGUGAGUGUUACCAAAAUUAUUAUACUGGAAGUGGUUUCUUUUGUGUUAUAAAGAUUUACUUUUACAUAAGUCAGUUACUCAAUGUGAUUUUAACCCUUUAAAAAAGGUGGAUGUAUACAAUUGUUAACAAUGCCAUAAAAGCAUUUCCUUUCUCCUGAGGAAAAGUAAAUUUCUUAUCGGACUAUCUGGCUGGCCCUGUAAUUUAAAUUAAAAUAAAAUUUUGGAGAAACA